AUGACUUCCUUCCUCAUCAAUGCCCACGUGAACCGGCCGACGUCCCCAUGGGAUACACCCUCGUCACAAUCAACUGAAACAGCACACGACCCGAAUUGCACAUUCUGCCAGAUUAUCGACCGUUCUUUACCAGCCACAAUCGUCUACGAAACUCCGCUCGUGAUAGCAAUUCUUGAUAUCCUUCCUCUGAGACGGGGGCACACACUCGUCAUUCCGAAAACCCACUAUUCUCGCGUAUCUGAGCUGCCGAGCGAGUAUUCGAGAGCGGUGGGUGAGGCAGUUGGUGUGGUGGCCAAAGCUCUGACUCAAGCCCUCGACAACACCGGUUUGAAUGUCGUCUGCAACCAAGAAUACGCACAAGCUGUUCCCCAUGUACACUACCACGUCAUUCCUGCUCCGACGUUCUCCUCAAAAGAGGCGGCGCAUACCAAAACAGACACUGAACCACCAUCUCAGCGAGCAAUGCACCGACUUGAAUUCGAAUCACGCUCAGAGCUCGAUGAUGACGACGCUUUGAUCUUGGCUCAGAGAAUACGCUCUCGUUUGUAG